AUGUCUCACGUCAUCACUGCCAUAGGCCACUCGGUUCUAGGUGCCACUGAAAACGGCGCCAUCUCAGAAGUUCUCAAGUCCAGUCCUGUGGUUGUGUCGUCAUUUAAGCUCUUAUCGAGAGAUAAAGCUACCGAUUUCUUUGUCGACAUCCAUGCCAACACCGACAUUGUGGAGCUGCGAAACAAACUGAAGACUGCCGUACCCAAUGUUGAUCUCAUUUUACAAGAAAACACCGACUUUAGAAAGGAGAAGGGGCUGAUUGUCUUCGAUAUGGAUUCCACCUUGAUCCAGCAGGAGGUGAUUGAAAUGAUUGCAGCACAGGCCAAUGUCGAGGACAAGGUUGCCGAGAUCACCACCAGGGCAAUGAACGGUGAGUUGGAUUUCAAACAGUCUUUGAGUGAACGCGUUGCACUAUUAAAAGGCAUCCACUCACAAACCUUGUGGGAUGAUUUGAAGCCGCAACUGUCCUUCACCCCCGGUGUUCGUGAGUUAUGCAAGUUUAUGAAAUCAAAGGGCUGUAAAUUGGCCGUGUGUUCUGGCGGAUUCUUACCGCUAGCCGAAUAUGUCAAGGAAGAGCUCGGAUUGGAUUACGCUUUUGCUAAUUUGUUGAAAACAGAGAUUGUUGGUGAUGUAGAAAUCCUAAGUGGUGAAACCAUUGGUGAUAUCGUCGAUGGUGAACGUAAAAGAGAUUUGCUUGUGAGACUUGCAGCUGAAAAUGGCGUUGAUUUACGUAAUACCGUGGCGGUUGGAGAUGGUGCAAACGAUCUCUUGAUGAUGGAGAAGUCGGGUUUUGGUGUUGCCUGGAACGCAAAGCCAACUGUCCAGUUGAAAGCUCCUGCUUGUUUGAACUCCAAGAGUUUGAAAGAUGUAUUGUACAUGUUUGGCUAUUCGGAUAUAGAUAUUAAUUAG